GCCCGUGCCCCCUCAGACAUUCCCUCCCCACCUUCUCCCUCCCCAACCAGAGGAACCAGAGAAUUUUUUUUCAUUAUUCUUGCUCCCUUCAAGUAGCUAGCAAUCUCUUUCUCGUGUUCUUGCUGUGGUGAGCAGUGGUGGAGAGGAGGGAGACGUGCUGGUGAGCUUUGCUUGUGUGAUUCAUGUGCCUGGCCAUCUGGAACAGUCACCAUCUCUGCUUUCCCUGCCCAUCUCUUUUGGCCUCCAGCCGCCUCCAACUUCCAACCCCCCUUUUGCUUUCCCACAUCUUUGCUUCAAUAAUGAUGUUGUGGCGGGUUUGGUCCUGAAGCUGCUGCAUCCCCACCUAUCUCUCUGCCUUCCUUAGUCCAAAUCCACCAGCUGCUUCUUUCCAUCCUGCUUCCCUUUUCUCUUUUCAGCUAUAGCUGGGUAGUAGGUUGGUUCUGUUUGUCUUCCCCCCUUUCUCUGCUUUCUUUUCCUUGCUGGGGAUUGGGAGGCCUUGAAGUCAUCUUCUUCCCUGUCCACAUCCUGCUCCUUGUAGGUGCUGCCGGUGCUAGCCUCUUGCAAUUGGCUCAAUUGGGCUCCCGAUUCCUUGAUUGGACUAGUGCCACCAACAAGUUGUGUUGUUGGCUUUGCUUCUAGCACCAACUGGUUCAAUUGAUCCUCGGUUGGGAACAGGACUGUAGCCUGUUCUUGCACUGGUUUCUUGGCUUCUUGCUGUGAAUUGGCUCAAGUUGGGGCGGUUCGUUUGGAGGUUGGCAUGAGGUCUGAGGAGAGGAGUAGUGCGGUGAGGAGGGUGAGGGACCAGUUCCCGGUCGGCAUGCGGGUCCUCGCCGUGGACGACGACCCUGUGUGUCUCAAGGUGCUUGAGACCCUCCUGCGGCGCUGCCAGUAUCAUGUGACAACAACGAAUCAGGCUGUUAUCGCCCUGAGGAUGCUAAGGGAAAACAGGGACAUGUUUGAUCUAGUUAUCAGUGAUGUCCACAUGCCAGACAUGGAUGGCUUUAAGCUUCUUGAGCUUGUGGGGCUUGAAAUGGACCUCCCUGUCUUGAUGCUAUCGGUGAAUGGAGAGACAAAAACUGUAAUGAAGGGUAUAACUCAUGGUGCCUGUGACUAUCUCUUAAAACCUGUUCGACUUGAAGAGCUUAGGAAUAUCUGGCAGCAUGUUGUCAGAAGGAAAUUCAGUAACUGUGAACGUGCCAAUAUUGAUCCCUAUGAGGAGUGCAAUAAGCCAGCAAAUGCGGAUUUUGAUUAUGUGCACAGCCAAAUUACAUGUGGGUCACCUGACCAAAGUGGGAGGCCCAGCAAGAAGAGGAAAGAAUACCAUAGUGAAGAGGAAGAUGAAGGCGAGGAGAGUAAUGGUCAAGAGAAUGAUGACCCUUCAGCUCCAAAGAAACCAAGGGUUGUUUGGUCGGUAGAACUACACCGAAAAUUUGUUGCUGCUGUUAACCAUCUUGGAAUCGACAAAGCUGUGCCAAAGAGGAUACUUGAGCUCAUGAAUGUUGAGAAACUCACCAGGGAAAAUGUCGCAAGUCACCUACAGAAGUACAGACUCUACCUCAAACGGCUAAGUGCUGUGGCAUCGCAACAAGCUAGCAUCGUUGCUGCUUUGGGAGGUAGUGACCCCUUUAUGCGCAUGGGCGCAUUUGAAGGACUCCAGGGUUAUCAAGCUUUUACCUCUUCAGAAGCUCUGUCAUCUUUUAGUCCACAAGGGUUGUUAAAUAGAAAUAAUCCAACAUCAUUUAGGAUUCAAGGGAUGAUUGCUUCCAGGCCAAUUCAGAUUGCAAGUGGCAAUUCCACAAUAAGUCAUUCCAUUGGUGAUGCAAAUAAAUACCACCUUAGCUUACCAAGUAACCGACAAGGAAAUUUAGCACAAGGUUUGACAACUUCAGUUGGGCAGGCCCAGCUGCCACAAAAGUGGAUGCAUGAAGAAACCGACGAUCUGUCUACUAUCCUUUCUGGGAAUGGCCUGGCUAAUGGUGCACCUGGCACACUCCAAGUUGUUAUCCAGCCGUCAAUUAAAACUUCGUCUGCAAGUUCAGAACAUCUUGAAGGCAAUGUUGGAGUUUCCUCCAGUCUGAUGGAUUCUCGUGUAUCCCAGCAGAGUUGUCUUCCCUUAUCUGCGUUUUCUACCAGUGGGUUGCCUAUAAAUUGCUUAUUCGGCAGUAAUAAUGUAGCCAAGUUGGGUGCUGCAUCCUCUGGGGCCACACAUAUUUGUCCCCCAAAUGACCUGAGGGUAGCAAGAGACAACAAAGUGGGAGUUAGCCCUUUCUGUAGCACGAUACUUUUACCCCCGGAUAGCGAGCAAAACUCCAAGCACCUGAAUUUUGGAGGUGUAAGCAGUUUGAGGCAGAACACGGCUGGAAGUAAUGCAGACAAUCUUCUGGACUCAAAGUUUGUAUGGAGUUCUUUACCGAGCUCUCAACUGCCAAGUAAUAUAGGAUCUCAUGAUCCAGUGAGCCAAACACUGAAUAAUGACAGCCUUGGUGCCAGAAUGAUUGGACAGACAGGUGCAAGUGCUUCAACAUCUGCUCCACAAACGAAGAUUGACAUGUUCAUUUCAGGAGAUUUUCUGACGCCAAAGAAUGCGCCUGAUUUGAGCUUUCCUAAGCUCCAGAGUGAGCUUAGUUCUAGUAGCUGCAGCUUCGAUGGUCUUCUCAAUUCCAUAAUCAAAGUGGAAAAGGAUGAUGCUUCCUUCAGCGAUGAUCUGGGAUGCGACUUCUAUUCCCUCGGUGCCUGUAUAUGAAAGCCACCGCCACAUAUCUGCAUCUGUGUACAUCUCUCGUACACUGUGUAGCUAGCGUUCAUCCUAGGUCAGCUGUGUUACCCCUAUUUGUGCUGUUGCAGCAAUUAGUAAGUAGGAUUGUAUGUAGAGAAUGUAGCGGUAAGAUAUCUGGAAGAUAAGAUGCAUCGCUAAAUCGAGCUAGAGACACUGAUGGCCUGUGAGUUGUAAUCUGAGCUCUUCUUCGUCCUCAUGGAGACCAGUGGAUGCGCCAUGCCUGGCGUGGAGUAAUAGGACGUGGCCUUUGAUGUGAAA